AUGCCUGAAAUUACUAUACCGGACAUGGGAACUAGUGCAUUUUUUCCUGUAUCAAAUAGUACACCAGUAUCAACGAAUACAGAUAAACAAAUGCAUUUUGAAAUUUCUGAACCUUGUUCAGAUAAUUUUAUUGAUCAUAAUUUGUUAGUAGAAUCAACUAAUGAUGAGGAAUCCGUCGUUCUUGAACGCCUCGAAGGUCGACGAAUUGUGGAUAUAAAUCAUUUAUUCGAGCAAAUUAAAAAAAUCCGACAUGAACCAUUCAACUGCUCAUUUGUGGACAUGGUAUUUAUAUCAGAAACUCGUAAAGGGUAUAUGUCUGUCUUUACAUUUAAAUGUAAAAUGUGUAACAUUAUUUCAAAAAUUACAUCAGAAAUGUUAAAUAAUACUGCACCUUACUUGCCCAUAAAUAAAGCUAUAGUAAAUGGUAGCUUAGCUAUUGGAAUAGGCCAAACACAACUCGCCGAAUUAUCGGCUUCAAUCGAAUUACCAUUUAUCUCGUCUACUUCAUACAUCAGUCAUUUAUCGACUGUAAGCAGUUCAGUGCAAGAUACUGCUAUUGAUGAGAUCACUAAAGCUGGUAAAGAAGAAAGGGAAAUAGCUAUUAAGAAUGGAAAUGUCGAUGAAAAUGGUAUACCCAUGUGUACUGUUAUUGCUGAUGGCCAAUGGCCAAAGAGAUCAUAUAAAACAAAAUAUAAUUCAUUUUCUGGAGCGGCGACUAUUAUUGGAUUCAACACAAAAAAAGUACUAUUUGUUGGUGUGCGUAAUAGUUACUGUUCUGUUUGUCAGCGAGCAACAAACAGAAAAACUGAGCCACCUGUUCACGUUUGUUUCCUUAAUUGGAAAAAGCCAUCCACCGCCAUGGAAGCGGAUAGUAUAUUGGAAGGGUUUUCCAAUAGUUUGAAUAUGCAUGGACUAAAGUAUAAUAAACUUAUCGGCGACGGUGACAGCAGUGUCACUAAUAAACUAAAUGAAGUAAUGCCUUAUGGACCAGAGUUUAAAAUACAAAAAAUUGAAUGUAGAAAUCAUCUCCUCCGUAACUACGGAAUGAAAAUGUCAGCUCUCUCGAAAAAAAUUGAAUAUCCAGCUAUAAUUCGUAAAUUUAUCACUACUAAUAUUUUACGUUUUCGUUCAGAUAUAACUAAGGCUAUUGAACAUCAUUUAAAUGAAAAUUCACCACUUCAACAAAAAAUAAGAGACCUUAGAAAAGAUAUUACAAACAGCCCAUACCAUCGUCUUGGACAGCAUGAUAACUGUGCUAACUACUUUUGUACCGGGCCAAAAGUUGGAGAAAGAAACUUCGUACCUGAAGCUAUAGAAACUGGUAUCAUGGCUGAAAUUAGAAAAAUUGUUUAUAGACUAGCGGCAAAUACUGAGAGCUUGAUUGAAAACACAGAUAACAACCCGUGUGAACAAUUCAACAGUCUCAUAAACAAGCACAUUGGCGGAAAACGGAUCAAUUUUACACAGGGGAAUAAUUAUAAAACACGGGUCGAAGCUGCAGUUGUAACUCUCAUAAUUAUAUACGUGCUGUACAAAAAACAAUUAUUUCCAAAAGUCCAGGAAAAUUCGGUAAUAAAUAUUCAACUAAUAUUACUAGAAUUAGGAAUAAUACCAACAAUAGAAGACGAAAACUUUUUAGUUCUAGAAUUGUACGAACAAAACCCAAACGAUAACCUCAGUUUAAAUAAUGAACAUUUUUUGGAAAAAAAAAAUUUAUUUUUACAAAAGCUCACUGAUGUGAACCGAUAUGAAAUUGAAAAAGUUACUAGGGAUCAAAGCCAUAGUGAGAUAUGGUAUAAAGAAAGGCGAGUACGUUUGACAGCUUCAAAAUUCGGCGAGAUAUGCAAAAUGAGAGAUUCUACAAGCUGUAAGAUAAAAGUCCAUGGAAUGCUGUACAAACCAUCUGCUAUGUGCAAAUCAAUGGCUUACGGUAUAGAAAUCGAACCCCUAGCCAGGUCGAGUUUUGAAGCAUUACUUCAAGUUUCCGUCCAGUUGUGUGGUUUGUUUAUCGAUCGAGAGUAUCCAUACUUAGCAGCUAGCCCAGAUGGACUAGUUGGUGAACAUUUCGUUUUGGAGAUCAAAUGUCCAUACGCCGCCAAAGAUACAAUCAGUGCUAUUGAAGCGAUGGAAAAAAAAUUGUUGCCAUAUUGUUCGGUUAAAGAAGGAAAAAUUGUGUUAAAAAAAGACCAUGCCUAUUACUUUCAAGUAAUUGGUCAGUUAAGGAUAACACAAAGAAAUUUGUGUUAUUUCGUAAUUUACACGAAAAAUUGGAUGAAUGUCGAAGAAAUACAUUUUGAUAUUUCCUUUUGGGAAAUGAAAAUGGUCAAAAAACUUCAGUCAUUUUAUUUGGAUUGCUUGUUGCCCGAAAUUAUAGACCCCCUUUAUGGGAAAAGGUUGUUGAUUACUGAUAUUAGAGAGCCACUACAUAUUUUAAACGCUCAACAUCUGCAACGACAAAUUAAAAAAAAAAAUGUUAAAAGAUGA